AUGCUGUCAAUGUCCGUUAUGUUGCUGAUGUUGGUGGGCGAAAUGAAGUUUGCUAUGGAAAGCGUGCCGGGUCAGCGAGGGUCAUUCAGCGAUGUGCCAUUACUUGGAAUAUACUACAUGAGCUUGAUCUUCAUCAUUAGCAUAGCCACAUGCACAUCGAGUAUUUUCGUUCAUUUGGAAAAGUAUGCGCUCCGAAAUCCAACUUGGCAGGCGGUGCCGUGGUGCCUACAAUGGUUGGCAGCAAAGAAACUCUUCUGCUGUUAUGUACCAAAAGCGUUCCGUUACGGUAAAAAUGAUGUCGUUCGGAACAACAACAUACAGGCUAUUUCUGUUCAAUCCAGUCCUGAACAUGCACUGAUGAAGAAUCUCAUUCCUAAUGAGGUAAACUUCACCGAAGUCAACACCGAUGCUCCUCUUCAUGGCGAGGUUUUACUUGAAGCUCAUCGUUGGUGCCAGCGGGAGAUAACGUAUCAUCGCCUUACUGAGGGAAGUGAUUUCGAUAAAGCAGACGCAGCACAGAGAUCAACAACUGCGUUCGUAUUGGGAGCGAAUUAUCAGACGUCUGGAGACGAUCUCCUUGUGCACUUACCUGUCUCUGAUCGGCAUCAAUAUUACCAUGUUCUUGUAUCCAGAAGUGUGGUAUUGAGCGUAAUUCGCGGCUUAGUUUCAUUUUCGGCACCACAAUAUCCAACCCUCGGAGAGAAACUUGUUGCUGUGAGAGCGCUAUGA